AUGCCCGGUCUUGCGUCUGCCCGUUACGGAAAGGACAAUGUCCGCGUUUGCAAAGUCCAAAGAGAUGAGCAGACCGGCGUCCACACCGUAACGGAGAUGACAGUAUGCUGCCUUCUCGAGGGCAAGAUCGAGACAUCAUACACGGAGGCAGACAAUAGCGUUGUAGUCGCCACCGACUCCAUCAAGAACACAAUCUACAUCAAGGCCAAGGAACACCCCGUCAACCCGCCAGAGGUCUACGCCAGCCAUCUGGGGCAGCACUUCCUUGACACAUACCCCCACAUCACCGUCGCGCACGUCGACGUCGUGGUGCACCGGUGGACGCGGAUGGCGAUAGACGGCGCACCCCACCCGCACAGCUUCUUCCGCGACGGGCAGGAGACCCGGAACGUCAAGGCUACGGUGGCGCGCGGGGCGGGGAUCGACCUCAAUAGCAGCAUCGCGGGCUUGUCGGUGCUCAAGAGCACGGGGUCGGGCUUCCACGGGUUCGUGCGGGACGAGUUCACCACCCUGCCCGAGACGUGGGACCGCAUCCUGUCGACCGACAUCGACUGCAGCUGGGCGUGGAAGCGCUUCCCGAACGCCGCGGCCGUGCAGCAGGGGGCGGAGCGCUUCGACAAGGCGUGGGAGAGCGCGCGGGGCAUCAUAAUGAAGACAUUUGCUAUUGACGAGAGCGCUUCGGUGCAGAAUACUAUGUACAAGAUGUGCGAGCAGAUUUUGGAGGCCGUGCCCGAGGUUGACAAGGCCGGCUUCGCGCUGCCGAACAAGCACUACUUUGAGAUUGACCUGAGCUGGCACAAGGGCAUAAAGAAUACGGGCAAGGACGCCGAGGUGUACGCACCCCAGUCUGGGCCCAACGGCUUGAUCAAGUGCGAGGUAUUCCGUGAUGUUGCGACCCUAGCACACAGGUGA